AUGGGCGGCCCGGCGGCGCGGAGGGGCGCCGGGGGGCUCCGCGCGCUGCUCCUGGCGCUGGUGGCCGCGGGGAGCCCCGCGGGCGCCUACAAUCUGGACCCGCAGCGCCCCGUGCGCUUCCAGGGUCCCGCCGGGUCCUUUUUCGGCUACGCGGUGCUGGAACAUUUCCACGACAACACGCGCUGGGUCCUUGUGGGUGCACCAAAGGCAGAUUCCAAGUACAGCACUUCAGUGAAGUCCCCUGGGGCUGUGUUUAAGUGCCGCAUCCACACCAACCCUGACCGGAGAUGCACCGAACUGGACAUGGCUCGAGGGAAGAAUCGGGGCAUGCCCUGUGGAAAAACCUGCCGGGAAGACAGAGAUGAUGAGUGGAUGGGGGUGAGCCUGGCCCGGCAGCCCAAGGCUGAUGGCCGCGUGCUGGCCUGUGCCCACCGCUGGAAGAACAUCUACUACGAAACAGACCACAUCCUGCCCCACGGCUUCUGUUACAUCAUCCCAUCCAACCUCCAGGCCCAAGGCAGGACGCUGAUCCCUUGCUAUGAAGAGUAUAAGAAGAAGUAUGGAGAGGAACACGGCUCCUGCCAGGCUGGGAUAGCGGGCUUCUUCACUGAGGAGCUGGUGGUGAUGGGUGCCCCAGGGUCAUUUUAUUGGGCUGGGACGGUCAAAGUGCUGAACCUCACAGAUAACACCUAUUUCAAACUAAAUGAUGAAGUGAUCAUGAACAGGAGGUACACCUACCUGGGUUAUGCAGUUACUGCCGGACACUUUUCUCACGUGUCCACUGCCGAUGUGGUAGGAGGUGCCCCUCAGGACGACGGCAUUGGGAAGGUUUAUAUUUUUAGAGCUGACCGAAGAUCGGGCACCUUAAUUAAGAUUUUUCAGGCAUCAGGUAAAAAGAUGGGCUCUUACUUCGGCUCCUCCUUAUGUGCAGUUGACCUGAACAUGGACGGCCUCUCUGACCUGCUCGUGGGGGCCCCCAUGUUUUCUGAGAUCAGGGACGAAGGGCAGGUCACUGUCUACAUCAACAGAGGAAACGGAGCCCUGGAGGAGCAGCUGGCCCUGAAUGGGGAUGGAGCCUACAAUGCACACUUUGGGGAGAGCAUCGCCAGCCUGGGCGACCUCGAUGAUGACGGGUUCCCAGAUGUGGCCAUUGGCGCACCCAAGGAGGAUGACUUUUCAGGAGCGGUGUACAUCUAUCACAGUGAUGCCGGUGGGAUGGUCCCUCAGUACUCCAUGAAACUUUCUGGGCGGAAGAUAAGUCCGGUCCUGCGGAUGUUUGGUCAGUCCAUAUCAGGAGGCAUUGAUAUGGAUGGAAAUGGCUAUCCCGAUGUAACUAUUGGAGCUUUCAUGUCGGACAGUGUGGUUCUCCUAAGGGCGAGACCUGUCAUCACGGUGGAUGUCUCCAUCUUCCUCCCCACCUCCAUCAACAUCACGGCGCCCCAGUGUCACGAUGGCCAGCAGCCUGUGAACUGCCUGAAUGUCACCGCCUGCUUUAGCUUCCACGGCAAGCACGUUCCGGGAGAAAUAGGCCUGAAUUACGUUCUGACGGCUGAUAUGGCCAAAAAAGAAAAGAGCCAGUUGCCCAGGGUCUACUUUGUGUUGCUGGGAGAGUCCGUGGGUCAGGUCUCAGAGAAGCUGCAGCUGGUCCAUUUGGAGGCGACAUGUCAUCAUUAUGUGGCCCAUGUGAAGCGGAGAGUGCAGGACGUCAUCAGCCCCAUCGUGUUCGAGGCCGCCUACAGCCUGGGCGAGCAUGUGAUGGGAGAGGAGGAAAGGGAACUGCCAGCCCUGACCCCCGUGCUCCGCUGGAAAAAGGGACAAAAGAUUGCACAGAAGAAUCAGACUGUGUUUGAAAGGAAUUGCCGAUCUGAGGACUGUGCCGCCGACCUGCAGCUUCAGGGUCACCUAUUACUCUCCAGUGUUGAUGACAGAACCCCAUAUCUAGCUAUGGGGGCUGUGAAGAAUAUCUCCCUAAACGUCUCCAUCUCCAACCUCGGGGACGAUGCCUAUGAUGCCAACGUGUCCUUCAACGUUUCCCGGGAGCUCUUCUUCAUCAACAUGUGGCAGAAGGAGGAAAUGGGCAUUUCCUGUGAACUGCUGGAAUCGGACUUCCUCAAAUGCAGUGUGGGAUUCCCUUUCAUGAGGUCGAAGUCGAAGUAUGAAUUCAGCGUGAUCUUUGAUACAAGCCACCUGUCUGGGGAAGAGGAAGUUCUUAGCUUCAUAGUUACUGCUCAGAGCGGCAACAUGGAGCGCUCAGAGUCCCUGCAUGACAACACCCUCAUGCUGACGGUGCCGCUGAUGCACGAGGUGGACACAUCCAUCACUGGAAUCAUGUCUCCGACCUCCUUUGUGUAUGGCGAGUCUGUGGACGCAUCCAACUUCAUUCAGCUGGAAGACCUGGAGUGUCAUUUCCAGCCUCUCAACGUCACCCUUCAGGUCUAUAACACUGGGCCAAGCACCCUUCCUGGGUCAUCUGUCAGCAUCUCUUUCCCCAGUCGCCUGUCACCUGCAGGAGCUGAGAUGUUUCAUGUGCAGGAGAUGGUGGUGGGCCAGGAGAAGGGAAACUGUUCUUUCCAGAAAAACCCAACCCCCUGUAUCAUCCCUCAAGAACCAGAAAACAUCUUCCAUACAAUAUUUGCUUUUUUCACAAAGUCAGGAAGAAAAGUCUUGGACUGCGAAAAGCCAGGAAUUUCUUGCCUAACAAUGCACUGUAAUCUUAGUGCGCUGGCUAAAGAAGAAAGUCGUACUAUAGACAUUUACAUGCUGCUGAACACAGAAAUACUGAAGAAGGACAGUUCAUCUGUCAUCCAGUUCAUGACCCGCGCCAAGGUGAAGGUGGACCCUGCCCUGAGGGUGGUGGAGGUAGCCAGUGGGAACUCAGAGGAGAUGACGGAUCGCCUCAUGUCUGAAAAUCCCUGUUUGUAAUAGCCCCAAACCGGGUAGAAUGGAUAAAUAAAUUGAGGUGUAUUCACACAGCAAUGAGAAUGCCAUGCUCCAGCCUGGAGGAAUCUCCCAAACCUAAUGUGGAAGAAAGAAGUCCUUUCAGGUAGAGCGUGGACAAAAGCAGUGAUGCUCAUCUAGGCUCUUGGCCGUCAGGACAUCGAUUACCCUUCAUGGGGGCUGUGACUAGAAGAGAGUGUGAAGGGGGCUUCUCAGCAGCUGGUCCCAUCCUGCAUCUCGAUCUGGGUGCUGGCUACACAGAUGCAUUUCGCAUUCAGUUGGUGAAAAUGCAGUGAGCUGUGCACUUAGGUUACGUAGACUGUUCUCUAUGUAUAUUAGACUUCAACAACUAGUUUUUUAAAAUUAUAAAGGGUGCCAGCCAACCAUGCACAACCUCAAAAGAAAUCUCCCUGCCAGCAGUGCUAAUUAUGCUGACGGGAGCACCCGCCAUGUGUCAGGGGUGGGCUCUGCCAAUCGCUCUGCAUGCGUUAGCCCCUUCAGUUCUCUGGGGGAGGUGCUGUUCUACCCCUGUUUUAUAGAGGAGAGAACUGAGGCUCAGAGAGAUAAAAGUACCCUGUCCAAGGUCACACAGCUAGUGAGUAUGUGCUGAAAAGAGGCCUUAUUUCCAUUCCCAGAAGUGACUACUGUGUUCUGUAGGCAGUUUUCUUUGAUCUGUCCCAACAUAGGAAGGAAUGGUUUCUGCUCUGAUUUCCCUAGAGAUAAUGUUUUGGAUUCAGGAUCUGCCUCAUGGAUGACCAUCCUCCCCUCCCCCAGCACACCCCCCACCCCAGCUGUGGGAAUGAAGACGGUUGAGACAAAGGUGAUUGUGUUUGCUUUCCUUAUCACCAGGGAAGAGACAGUAAAUGAUCCAUUUAAUUGGCAGAUAAUCUUUAAAAGAGCCACUGUCAGCCAGGUACUCUAUGGUGUGCUAGUGACCAGCUUAGAUUGGGAGUUUGGGGUUGGCUAGACCUGAGUUCAAAUCCUGACUCUGCAUUUUAAGCUACAUGGCCCAGAGCAAAUCCCUUGUCCUCUCUGGGCCUCCAUGUCCUGCUGUGUAAAAUAGGUGCUAAAGACCUCCUGGGGUGAUUGUGUGAGUUAGACAAGAGAUUGCAAGAAAAGCACAGAGCCUGACACAGAGGAGCAUUCAAGAAAUGUUACAGAGAGGGAAGCCAGGCCCUUAAAAGGUAACAUAAAUAGCGCUAGUAUCAACUCAGUUCUGUGACCAGUCACCGUUGAGGCUUGAGCAAGGGGUGCUCCCAUAACCAGCCAGGCUUGCUGCCAGGCAAAAAGUCAGCUGGCUUUCAGGGUUGAGCCAGGUUUACAUAGGCCUUCUCCAAGGAGGGACUGGGCAUUCCAAGCACACGGCCUAGCUUGGACAAAGCCCUGUGGCUGGGCCAGCCUGUCUGCAGCCAAGGGAGACAGUGGCUGCCCGGAGCUGAGAUUUCUGUCUCUUCAGCAAAGAGGAGCUUGAACGGGACGGUGGGGUGUUAGGGGAUUGUCUGUAGAGGACACAAUGGAUGCUUUGAAUUCUACAAAAAUAAACUCCACAGUGACCAGUGGGGUGAAAAUAGAGCCAAAUAGUACAGUCAGCGUUGAGCUAGCACGUGUUAAGCUAUCACUUCUCUGGCAGGAGGGUGGGGCGCCCUGAUUUGUGCGCCACUUUAGGUGACAUAAAUACUCUUGUGAUGGACCAUUUCAAAAUAGCAUUGUAACAUCCUUAGAUGUGGAGCUGGGAAGAGGUGCACACCAUUGGCACCAUUGAUGUGAGCCAGCACACCACUGAGAUUCCAUCAAAGUUGGGAAAACUUGCCCCACAGAGACAUGGGCUCUGAGGACCUAUGGCUCCCAUUGGAGACCAGGGCUCCGCUCCUCAAGUGAGUGCUUUUAGUGUGCUGGGCAUCGCCAUGAGACCUAAGGCAAACUGUGCCCAGCCCUUGAGGUCUACAGUCUACUGGGGAAACUGGCAUUAAUUGAGUAAUCACACUAAGUUACACAGUGCACAGAACACUCAUAAGGAAGUACUGUCUUACCUGGAGCACACGCCCAUGCCCUUUGUUUCAAAAUCAUAAUAAAACAGAGCCUGUUAUUGUCUGUUCUGAAUCAAGAACAUAGUGCAUCCUCUCAGUUUUUCACCACCCUUAUGUUCACUUCGUGAUACUUAAAUCAGGCCUGUUGUCAUUACAGCCCUUUCAAGAACUGGGACUGCGAUUUCAAGUGCCUUUUCAGGUCCCUGUGAAAAAUCCAUCCGUAUACACCCAGGAAAGCACUCAACAGAGCCCAUUUUAGAGUAACAGCAGUCUGGACACAUCUCUCCAGUUCAGUCCCAAUGUCAAGCCCAGGCUGGGUCCCCUCAUGUGGUGGGUGCUUCCGUUUGGGAACCAUCUCACUUCUGCUUU